CCCUGCCCCUCCCUCAGGCCCUGCCGCCGCCAUCAUUGUUAGGGGCAGCCGGGCCUGGUGUCUGGAGAUGCCGAAGUCGUGCGCGGCCCGGCAGUGCUGCAACCGCUACAGCAAUCGCAGGAAGCAGCUCACCUUCCACCGGUUCCCGUUCAGCCGCCCGGAGCUGCUGAAGGAAUGGGUGCUGAACAUCGGCCGGGGCGACUUCGAGCCCAAGCAGCACACGGUCAUCUGCUCCGAGCACUUCCGGCCCGAGUGCUUCAGCGCCUUUGGGAAUCGCAAGAACCUGAAGCACAACGCGGUGCCCACGGUGUUCGCCUUCCAGGGCCCCCCACAGCUGGUGAGGGAGAACACAGACCCUGCCGGCCCGAGUGGAGAUGCUGCCUCUGAGAAGGGAAAGGUCCUCCCUGAGACGGGGGCCGGGGAGGGUGGCCCAGGGAGGAAGGUGGACACGACGCUCGAAGCGCCGCAGCUGCCCCCGGACGCUGGAGGCCCCGGAGCACAGGUGAGGCCGGGCCAGGUGCGAAGGCAACUCGUGGCUGGUCUCAGCUCGAGGGGAUUUGCUUCAAACAGAAGGAAGAAAACGUGCCAGAACCAGAGCACCACGACGUGUAGCCUGGGUUCAGACCUCACCUGUGAACUUAGCUGCGACUGGGCAGCUCUGGGCUUCGGGAGGGCUUGGGGAAGUGCGUCCUGGCGCCCUGGCCGCUGCUUGUCUCUCACUGACCUCUGUCCUCAGGUCCCGCCACACAGACCGGAAGCCACUGGGGUCCCUGGUCAGCCGGCCGGCCCCACGCAGCCGUCCGAUCACAGCUAUGCCCUUUUGGACUUAGACGCUCUGAAAAAAAAACUCUUCCUGACGCUAAAGGAAAAUGAAAAGCUCCGCAGGCGCCUGAAGGCGCAGAGGCUGGUGAUGAGGAAGAUGUCCGGUCGCCUGCGUGCCUGCGGCGUGGGGCAGCCGGGACUCCAGGCCAGGCUGUGGCCGGGGCAGCAGAGCUGAGCCCGCGGCUGCGCCUUCUCCGCCGAGCCGCCGGGAGGAGGGGCCGUGGUCUCAGGGCUCGGGCUCGGGCCGUGGGCGGACCUUUCAGUCCUGCCCUGACAUUCGGCCGGCGCCAC